AUGAGUAAUCGUGUGUCUCUGGAGCGGUCGCUGCGUCGCGCGCUGCGCGUGUCGAGCGCGCUCGGCGCCGCGCCCGUGCGCUGCCGGGGGGAGCGCGUGCGGCCCUCGCGCGCCUUCAUCUGCUACGGGAAACUCUUCCUUGCGGUUCUAAGUGUUUGGUUUGCAUACGAGGUGUAUACAAUUGGGUGGAAGGUGGCUCACGCGUCGGAACCGACGCCGGUGCUGUACCAGCAGAGCGGGCGGCUGGCGUACAUGCUGCUAGACCUGCUGACGCUGGCGGUGGCGGCGCUGCGGGGCCCGCUGCGCGCACGCCUCAUUGUGCAGAUUUUACGAGAAGUUGAGCUGCUGAAUAAAACAGAAAUGGAAACGUGCCUAUUGGAUCGGAUGCUGCAGCUGAUCGUGCCGGCCAUCGUGCCGUGCGUCUGGUUUCUGGCUACGUCGCACUACUGCCUUAUUCGCGCUUGGACGCUCUCAAUCUACCUGCUAGCGUUUGCGCUGCGCGCGGCCAGCUGCCUGCUGAUUCUGCAGUUCGUGCUGCUCGCGCUGCUCAUCAAUUGCGUGCUGCUCGACACCAACAAGCGGUUGGAGCAAUUAGCUGGUUUUUCUGCACCCGAAGCAGCGGCAAUCUCAUACAAGUGCCUCGCCACGCCGCGCUACGUAGUACCCGUCAAAUAUAUCAACAUAAGCGUAGACGCCAUCGGCUCCCUCAGCAAGAUUUCCAAUGGUGAAAGUGAAAGAAUGUUUUAA